ACUCGUGGCGCGCGAACCCUCGACGGGUCGGAAUGUAAUUUAAUUUCCAGUGUCAAAACUUAUAAGCUUAAAUAACGAUAUUAUAAACUGAUGCCGGCAUAUCUAGGGGCCACGUCCUUAUGAGAAAAACACUCGCUCGCCGCCUGGUUCAACUUUCCUGCAGGUUUUCCUCGUAUUAUACGCAGAAGGAAAGACUGAAAUAUAUGCAGUUUUGCACUCGCUGUACCCGGAAAGAGCGAGCAUUGACGGCGACGCUGUAGAGCCACGGAAAAAAAAUCAGCGUCGACAUGAAGCCUUUGGACUCGUCGACAGGGCGUGGAAAGGCGCUGAGGUUAGCCGUCACGGGGCUGAUCGCAUUGGCUUCCGUCCAUUAUAUUUCGUCCAUCUCUUCUGAAACCGCAUCGCAAUUAGAGGCCCAGACCAAGUUCUCCUUUCGCAAUCCGUACAGCAGAAGACAAGUCGAGAAGAGAGGCCAAGUCCAAAAGCCGACACGUAGGACUUUGCACAAUCCAUCCAGAAAAAAGCCAGUGCCCCGCGUAAAGAUUCUGAACAUCACAAGUUUCUCUGGAAUCGAUCAAAAUAACCCGGGUCUUGUCGCCUACGUCCGCCAACGCAUGCGGUCUCCGGCUCCGACGUCGCAGCCCUACAACCUUCUGAACCCUGAGAAGACCGACUUCUCCCAGUGUAACCAGAGCGCCUAUGCCGAUAAAGAAUUUCUUCACGGGAUGUGGUUCUUAACCGUUUUACUAUCAAACCUCCACUAG